AUGGAAUAUGUCAAGCGUGGGCCGUGUGGUCAGGAAGGAUGUCGAGAAAUUCGUUACUAUCUGGAUAACGGUAUCUGGUUUUGCAGGCGUGGCCAUCAGCAAGAGGGCCGCCAAGUCGAAGAAGAUCCUGAUGACUAUAACAAGCGAGGAACCGUUCACCGCAUAAAAAAGGUGGCCGUAGAAAAAAUCCAGCGAACAUACACUGGAAGACAAGGAUAUCGUCUUUUUAUCCAAGCAUAUCAGCUCAUACUGUGGAAGCAAUGCCGGGUGUUGAUAACCCAAAAAGGAUUUCCGGCGGAUAUAGAGAGGCUUGUAAAAGAUCUCUGGGCCCUGCGACUGCAAAAUUUGACAGACAGGUUUGACAUCUCACUCGAUGAAGCCCGCGAGGAUGAUGACUCGGAAAGCGGAGUUUUCAGUUCACAAACCCCAGCUGCAAGUGUUGAGAAGAAGGAUUCUACUCACAUAACCGCUCGAAAAUCGACGGAUAGUCCUCUCCUGAAAGAGACUCUGGGCCUCUGCUACCUGGCUUGCUUGCUGCUACGUCUACCAGUAAGCAUCGGCGAUAUUUACAAAUAUGCUAUUCGGAAUGAAAUACCAUUCGUCAAAGCUCUCAACUCUGUUCCGCAGGAGAUGAGAGAUCGAAUGUCGCCGCAACAUACAAGGGAUCUCAGCAUCCAGGUAAUGCCAGAGAGUGAAGAAAUUCAUGAAACCGUGAAUCAAUUGGUGGCUAUGUAUUCGCGCGAAUACAACGUAGUGUUUCCGCCGGUGAACAUGCCACUUAUGCUAUUUCAAUUCAUUCGCCAGCUAGCUUUACCUUUGGAAAUCUACACUGUUGUCAGAAGACUACACCAAAUCUUCAAAUUCCGUUUUAAGUUCUCAUCAAAGAAGAAAUGGACACUGAAGGCAGAGAAUUACCCCGAGGCUCAACUAUUAGGUCUUAUCGUUGUUGCCACGAAACUGAUAUUCCCGUUCAGCAACGCGAAAGGUUUUCCAUCCGCAGCUACAGAACCAGCUGCACAGCUCAUUGACUGGAACUUGUGGAGAGCGACACAGAAGCAGUUUGAAAGCUUGGACAAAAUACGAGGGAGGCUAUCAAAGGGACAAGAAAUCAACGUUAACGAAGGAAAUGUAUUUCAUAUGACAGAGAAUCAACUAGACGAUUACUUGGACUGGUAUCAGGAUACCUGGCUUGACCAGAAGAAAGCAAACCAUCCACUUGCAGACAUGUUUCCGCUCCUACCUUCAAAACCAGACAGUCGCCCAGACCCGAAGACUGGCGUCGAAAUCCAAGAAGCAAUUGAUAAGAAAGUCCGCGAGAUGACUGCUAGCAUUCGCUUAGCUAAAAUCAUUCCCGACAAACAGGUCCAACCACCUAAGGAAAAUGAUGUUGGUGGAGACUCAGAUGGCGAGGAAGAUAAAGUCCCUCGCCCCGGUUACUCAUACCGAAUUUAUAAAACCGAAUCGGACCUGCCUAAAACAGCUCGCAAAUUCUAUGAAACAGCAGCAGAUCUGGCAGGAUUGUCAUUGAGGACGCUUGUCGCUGCAGUGAACCGCAUAGAAGCCAAAUUGGAGGGUUUCCAGAACGCAACGACAUCGACGAAUAUCGCAACCAUGCAGAUUUUCGUCAAGACCCUCACGGGCAAGACCAUCACCCUCGAGGUCGAGUCCUCCGACACCAUCGACAAUGUCAAGUCCAAGAUCCAGGACAAGGAGGGCAUUCCCCCUGACCAGCAGCGUUUGAUCUUUGCCGGAAAGCAGCUUGAAGAUGGUCGCACUCUCUCCGACUACAACAUCCAGAAGGAGUCCACUCUUCACCUUGUCCUCCGUCUCCGUGGUGGUAUCAUCGAGCCCUCCUUGAAGGCUCUUGCCUCCAAGUACAACUGCGAGAAGUCCAUCUGCCGCAAGUGCUACGCCCGUCUUCCCCCCCGUGCCACCAACUGCCGCAAGCGCAAGUGCGGUCACACCAACCAGCUCCGCCCCAAGAAGAAGCUCAAAUAA